CACACUCCGAGACUGCAGAGCAGCACCUGUGCCGAUGAGCCGAGAGACCACCUCUAAAGUCCUCAGCGAUUCACUCAGAUCCCACAGUAUAAAGGCAAGCCGUAUCCUGCGUUCAGAGGACCAAAAGACCCUCAUCAAUCCCUUACAAUAGACACAUCCUGAAGCCUUACCAUGUCUGAUCCUAUCAAGACCGAUGUAUUUAUCUGUGGUGGCGGACCUGUUGGUCUCCUCACAGCCUACUCUCUUGCCCUCCAGGGGGUAACCUCUGUGAUUGUUGAGAAACACGACACCGCCCAACAGGCAAUGUACGGCCGAGCCGGAACCCUCUACCCCCGCACUCUUGAGAUGCUCGAUCAGCUCCAGCUAUUGGACGAGCUGAACCAGAUCGGCUAUAUCGCUCGGAACAGCGUGACAUAUAAGAAUGGUCAACUUAUCACGUCCAGAGGAUGGCAUAUCAUGUACCAACGUAUGCACGAGACUUUUAUGGACUAUAUCCUCAACAUUCGUCAGAAGUAUUCGGAGGAUGCCUUCCGGGCGGCAUAUGAGAAGUUGGGUGGUACGCCUUAUAUUGGCUGGCAGUUGGAGACAUUCUCGGUAGAUGAGUCCUGCGAGGAUGAUUAUAAGGUGACGUCUACGAUUAAGAACGUGAGCUCGGGAAAGACUUUAACUGUUAAGAGUAAAUUUAUCGUGGGUGCGGAUGGCGGCCACUCACUGGUGCGACGUCUCGCCAAUAUCGCCUCUGAAGGCGACCGCACCGAGUUCAAAUGGGUGCGUAUCGACGGGCAUUUCCGAACGGACAUGCCAGAUGCUGAUCUGGGAUUCGCCUCUAUCGAAUCCGAGAGCCAUGGCAACGUGCUCUGGGUGCAGAUGGACCACGGAGUGAAGCGAAUUGGAUUCGCAAUGACCGAGGAGAUGCUUGCUAAGUACGGUGAUAACCUGACCCUAGAGGAUGCCAAAGCAGAGGCUGUGAAAUCUAUGGCACCCUUUACCCUUGAGUUUGACUCCAUCACCUGGUGGACCCUCUACAGCAUUGGCCAGCGAGUCGCAGAGACAUUUGUCAAAGACGAUCGCGUAAUCCUAGCAGGCGACGCCUGUCACACGCACUCUUCCGGCGCCGCGCAAGGCAUGAACACCGGUGUUCACGACUCAGUCAACCUAUCUUGGAAGCUAGGUGGUGCCAUCAAGGGCUGGUACAGCCCCGAGGUCCUCCGAACCUACGACACCGAGCGACGCCCCGCCGCACAGCAUCUCAUUCAUCUCGACAAGACGUUUUCCGCCUCCAUCUCCGGCAAAGUACCCGACUCGUAUAAAGACCAGAACAUCACAGCGGACGAGCUCUUUACCAAGACCUUCGACGAUAACAUCCAAUUCAACAUCGGAUUGGGCAUCCACUACGAUGAAAACAUCCUCAAUAGACCAUCUCUCGCAACAAUGGUCACCGCUGGCUGGAGAGCCCCGGAUGCUACAGUAUAUGCUCCGGGCUCAAAAUUCCCUAUUCGACUUUUCCAACUCACCAAGAACACGGGGGCCUGGUCUAUUGUCAUCCUGGCAGGCCAUCCUGACAAAACCCGGAAGAAUCUGACCCACGCGAUACAGGAACUGCAAAAGCUCCAGGAAAGGCUUCCUUCCGAAAUGCUGCGUUUUAUCACAGUGGUCGCGCAGGCUGUGGGCGGGGGCGACCAGUGGUAUCAGAUUCCGAAAAUCGGUCGACUCUAUUAUGAUGCGGAGCGAUCGGCUCAUACUGCGUACACUGUAUCAGACUCGACUGGUGCAGUGGCGAUUGUUCGACCGGAUGGGUUGUUGGGAUAUGCCACUCGCUUGGAUGAUUUGAGUCAUGUGGAGGAGUAUUUCAGCGGUUUUGUAGCUCCGGCCUAUAUGAAGGAUUAAUUAGUAAUUGUGUUCCAACAGUCGAGAGGGGUGUUCACAUUGAUUUUUGCUUCUAAGAUAUGUAUAGAAAUGGGCCUGUUGUAGAGUUUCAG